AUGGCGGCUCGCACACCCUUUAUUCUCUUUUUCAACCCCGUUCGACAUGCAACGGCGCGUUUUGCCGAGCUACAAAAGAUAGCAAGAUGCGAGGUCGUCACGAGCAAAAGUAGGGAAGAGUUUUUUCGGGACGUCUCUGGAAAGUACAAGGACAUUUCAGUGAUUUACAGGACGUCGGCAAGCGGAGCUGUGGCUGGCAAUUUUGAUGCCGAUUUCAUCAAGCAACUUCCUCCCACCUGCAAAUUCAUAUGCCAUAAUGGCGCCGGUUACGACCAGAUUGACCCAGAUGCGUGUUCUGAGCGCGGCAUCACUCUCACGUAUGCACCCGACGCCGUGACGGAAGCGACGGCGGAUCUCGCGGUCUGGCUCCUUCUCGGUGCCCUGCGCCAAUUGAAUCCGGCCCUCAACUCGCUGCGCGCGGGUAAUUUCAAAAAGGGCGUCGACUUUGGUCGCGAUCCCCAGAGCAAGGUCCUCGGCGUGCUGGGCAUGGGCCGCAUCGGUCGCGCCAUCAAGGCGCGGUGCGAACCCUUUGGGAUUGUCACGCGCUAUCAUAACCGCCGACCGCUGGCUGCCGAAUCGGCUGCCGGUGCUGAGUACGUCUCGUUUGAAAAGUUGCUCUCCGAGAGCGACAUCAUCAGCGUCAAUGUUCCCUUGAAUGCCGGUACGCGACACUUGAUUGGGCCCAAGGAGAUUGCCAUGAUGAAGGAUGGGGUUGUCAUUAUCAAUACCGCCAGGGGUGCCGUCCUCGACGAAGCUGCGGUGGCUGAAGCAUUGGAGAGCGGCAAAAUCGCUUCCGUGGGAUUAGAUGUCUAUGAAAAGGAGCCCAUAAUCAAUGAACGGCUCCUCAAGAACGAAAAAGCGCUCUUGAUACCUCAUUUGGGCACUCACACCUACGAGACUUUGGAGAAGAUGGAAACGUGCGCCUUGGAAAACGCUCGUAGGGCUGUCUUGGGAUUACCUCUGCUCACGCCAGUGCCAGAGCAUGAGCAAUAG